CCCGUUGCCAUGGUGACGGCUGGAGCAGCAGAGGCGGUGUCAUCUGAUCUCAUUCAAGUUCUGAUGGAGUGUCGGAUCAUACAGAACACAGAAUAUUCCUGGGUUCUGUUAGUCUCUGUGAUUCAGUUCGGAUUUUUCGGACCAGAUGGAGUCCCCCCCACCUGCGGUCCCGGCAGCCUGACCUGGACCCCCCUCCUCUUCUCCUCAAUCAUGCGGAACCGACAGAAGCAGGUCCUGUUCUGCUCCGCGGGCCUUCUGAGCCUCUGCUGCGCCCUGUCGGCUGCUGUCAUCACCGGGCUGCCCUUCUGGCUCCGCGGGGCCGUACUCUGCCGAACCGGAGCCGAACUGGUCAACGCUACCGGAGCCGAACUGGACCAGUUUUUGGGAGAGCUGAGCUACGGACUGUUCCACGGAGAGAGGGUGAAACAGUGCGGCCUGGGGGGCAGACCGUCUCGAUUCUCAUUCUUUCCAGACCUGCUGAGUGGAAUCCCAGCCGGCCUCCACGUCAUCAUCAUCCUUUUCUGUAGUGUUGUGGUACUCUUCUCCUCCGUGGCCUCUGGCUUCUUCUUCUUCAACACCUUUGGACGGCCCUACGAGACACUGCAAGGCCCCGUGGGACUGUACCUGUGGACCUGUAUCUGCUGUGUGACCAGCUGUCUGGUUCUGAUCCUAUUUGCAUGUGAAGUGAAGAUCCACCGCCUAUCCGAGCUCAUCUGCAACUUCAAAGAGGAAAACUUUGUUUUCCAGAUGUACUCGGAGCGCUACGACAGCUGCUUCUGGAUUUUUUUCCUCAUCCUCGUCCUCCAUGGACUCAACCUGGUUCUGAUCCGGCUUGCAGGGAUUCAGUUCCCGUUCCAGGGGAAGAAAGAUGUGGAGCUGAGCGGUGGUGCGGCUGACCUCAUGUACUAAUGGGCCAACCAGCAGAAGAUCACAGAACCACAACUGGCUGUUGUCUGGUGGUUCUGGUGAAAACACUGCUGAAAGAAAAUAUAGAAACACCCAAGUGUUCACCCUGAUAAAACUGGAUAAUCAGGCUUGAUUAUUGAUCAGAACCUGAUUGAUUGGGUUGAUUCAAGAUCUGACACUUAGAUUCUUAAUAAAUUCUGUUUGCAACUUUUUUAGAGAAAAAUAAACUUUUUCUGACUGAA